UUUCUGAUUUCUGAAUCUCCUUCCCGUCCCCCAUCCUCCUGCCGCCACAGGACACGGCGGCGGCGAGCACGUGCGAGGCGCCUCUUCCCGUCCCCCCUCGCCGUCCUCUCUCUCCUGGCUUGGAUAGAUCCCAUGUCCGCCCAGAAGCCGGCGGCGGCCAGCGCGUGCGCGAGCUCCGGCCCGGCGCGGCCCGAGCCGCCAGAGGAGGAAGGGAACAGAGCGCCUCUGGAGCGGGCGGCGGAGGCCGCGGAGGAGCUGUACCGCCUCCGGGACACCUUCUUCCCCCGGGACCCUGCCGAGAAGGCCGCCGCGCUCCGCGCCCGCGCCGACGCCGCACUCGCCCUCCUCGACGCCCUCCCGCCCGAACAAAAGAAAUCUCCACAACAGCGUGGUGUUUUUGAAUAUUUGAGGGGAAAAAUACUGGAUGUCUUUCCUGACUAUCAUAAGGAGGCUGAAGAUCAUUUAUCCAAAGCAGUAAAGCUGAAUCCAUCUCUUGUAGAUGCAUGGUUAUGUUUGGGUAGCUGCAUUUGGAAGAAGGGGGAUCUGUCUGCAGCAAAGAAUUGCUUUAUGUCAGCACUAAGAAAGGGUUCAGAUAAGAAAAUACUGUGCCAGCUCUCCAUGCUUGAAAGAAGUAUGGCUCAAGGUAGUGAAGACCCGGCGGUUUUAGUGGAAGAGAGCAUUCAGCACGCAAAAGAAGCAGUUAUGCUGGACAUUAAAGAUGGCAAUUCAUGGUACAAUAUGGGUAAUGCUUAUCUCACUAGUUUUUUUGUGGGAGGAGCCUGGGACCACACUAAGCUUCAUCAUUCGGUGAAAGCGUAUCAGAAUGCUGAGAAGGAUAAAACUAUGAGUUUAAAUCCAGACCUCUGCUAUAAUUGUGCCACAGCUGACAAAUAUUUGGAGAAUUAUGAAAGGGCCCUUCGUGGAUUCGAAGCUGCAGCUUUAAAAGAUCCUGGCCUUGGUGCUGAUAGAGAAGUUCAGAAAAUCGUCAGUCUCCUUGAUAAGCUAGAGAAUGCAAUGAAGGGACAAUUACGAUCCAAAAGAUUAGCAUCAUUGGUGUCAUCCUUGAAUGGUGUCACUUUGAAAUCAUCGCACAAGAAAGCUACCAUAAGCAAAUUAUCAGAGGGUUUGAACAAAGCAGUUGCUGUUUUGGGAAAAGUUAUUCUUUUGAUAAGACAUGACAAUAUUGCUCCAUUGUAUUAUUUAACAUGUGACUUGGAUCAGUCUUAUUUUAUACUUUCAGUCUAUGGGCUACGGAAUGAUGCAAUUAAAGAGGGUGAUCGAGUGAUAUUAUACGAACCAUACUACAGAAUCCUGGAUGCAUCAUGGAAAGACAAGAUCAUUAUAGGAAAACAAGUGAAAUAGUUGGCCCAUGAAACUGUAUUGAACAAAAUGUCAAAUUACAACAUUAGUUUCUGCCAUCACCAUUAUAUAAAAGAGUAACAAGGGCUAUCAGUUCAUAUCUCUACUCUUUUCUUUACUGUGGAUAGAAACAUAACAUCUGAUAAAAACUUUCUAAAAUGAGAAAAUUGAUCUUGUUAAUGUAGCCAUUAUCUAACUCAUACUUCAAUGCGCUACACUAGAAUAUUUGGUUAAAAUCAGGCCAAGAAGUUCAUCCUGUUGAAAAGAUUGAUUAAGUUGAUUCUUCAUCUUAUAAUAUUUGCUGGAAGGAAGUAGUGAUAUGUGUGUCAGUUGGAACAAGUUUCGUUAUUUUCCCUAUAUUUCCGUGAUUUAUGCAUCAGUUUUUAUAAAAAAAUGCUAAAUGAAAUGACUUGCAUGAUAAGUGUUUUUUUAAUUGUUGAUGUACUAUAUUUGUGAUAAUUAUGUCAGUUUACCUAUUCUUUUCUUUGAUGUCAUGCAGUGCUAUCAGUUCAGAUCAAUACGAGUGGACUUUCCGGAACAAAUUCUGAUUAACGAGAAUGCUCCAGCUCCUCAUCAUGUUGCACAUGCAUCCAUCCAUGCACACAACAAACCGUGAUUCUCUGAAAAUGUUGAUUUUGAUACCUAUAUGUGGUAUUGGGCAUGUCAGUGUGCUGGGCGGUGGGUGUUUCCGUGAUCUAAAAGAGGGAAAACACUAGCAUGAAAACGUGUUGAGCAUACCGUUUUAUUCCAAUCAGCUAGUGUUUUAGCUUGAAGUUGGUAGCCAGCAUUUUGGGGUUUGGUGUUCACAUAUUAUAGACUUAGCGGAACAAUCCGACUGCUACUUUCCUGGGAAGUGUGUGACGUGCAUCAAUAUGGGUGGCACAUUACAUGUGUAUUUUUGUGUAAAUGUGGAGUGACAUGCACCGUCAUAUACUGUAAAAAGUUGGUUUGAUUCCUGCAGCAGUACGUUAACCCCUUACCGAAGAGAGUGACA